AUGUUGACCGUGACGUUCAUCAGACAUGGACAGUCGACCGAUAAUGUGAGACACGUGUGGGCAGGGUGGGCUGAUGCCCCACUAAGUCAGCGCGGUUCGUUAACCGAAGCUCUUGGCGCAUACUUUUCCCAAACCCUAUUCACCAAGAUCUAUGCCUCCCCCCUCAAGCGCGCUGCCACCACUGCAGCGUUUAUUCUUGCCGCCCAACCUGCCCCACAACCACCACGUGACUUCACAAUCGAGUCUGUAAAGGAACAAAAUUUUGGCGUUGCAGAGGGGAAACCGUGGUGUUUUCCGGAUAACAGGAUUUUCAAGUCGCUUUCAGAGUACAUAAGCGAGGGCAAGUACCCCACACCACGUCCUGGUGAAUGCUUCACGGAUGGCGAGUCCGAUGAAGAUCUAGCAGCGCGUGCGAUGCGGGCCGUGGAUGAGGUGAUCAUGCCACACGUACGUAGUGCAGUGCGGGCCGGGCAUACAGAACAUAUCGCGCUCGUGAGCCAUGGGAUCUGCAUCGGAGCGCUCAUUUGCGCGUUGUUGAAAAGGGACUCUAGCAAUGUUACACCUACACGUGAGUACACUGGAAUGCAGAACACAGCGUGGGCGAGAGUAGUUAUCAAAAUGCAGGACGUUGCAGAUGGCACACCAAUAGACCUCACUGAUGAAGGCACCCACCCUCUGAUCGUAACAGUGAUGGACUUUGGUCGUGCGGAUCAUCUCGGCAAGCUUGUACGUCCACCCAAGCUCAACGCUGGCGGGACCGGCAAGAUUGCCUACGACCCAAAGCAGCGGGACAUUAGAGCGUUCUUCAGCGGCGCGGUGAAGACCGUUGCUACCAAGCACUGUGAGAGCGAUUCGCGGGAUGGAAUCGAUGGGGAAACAAAGAACUGA